UGCGGAAGUGUCAUGGCGCCGCGCGUCAUGCCGAGUCAGAACCAGCUCUAGCCUAAAACAACUUGUAAUGACUCUUCUCUCGCACGCUAGGACGUAGUAUUGAAUUGGGACAUCCGAGUAAAUCAUAACUCUAGGAUGGCUGAUUCAGGCUCCGGUGACCCCGGUGGUCAACGUGUGCCGACCCCUACAGGGAGCGGUAGAGGAGUGCUGAUGGGCCGCCGACCCCCCGCUGCCGUCUCCACUGGCCGGCUCCCCUCAAUGCGGUCAAGAGACCUCACCCUGGGAGGAGUGAAGAAGAAAACCUUUACACCCAACAUUAUUGGCAGGAAAGCCAAAGAAGAAACAAAAACAGAAGGCGGGCAGAGGAGAGACAGGAGGGAUGCUGGUCGAGGUCGGGGUCCGAGAGAUAGAGGCAGGGGCCGAGAUCGCCCGGACGUCAUCCAGUCCCACUCUAUUUUUGAGCAGGGGCCGGCAGAGCAGAUGAUGAAAAAGAAAGGUGCCUAUGAGAAUGUGAGAGAAGCUCCGAGCGUGGGACCUUUGCCCAUCAUCAAUAUUAAGAAGGAGAAGAGAGAGACGGAGGAAGAGACCAAAGAGAUACUUGCCAAGCUGGAGCGAGAUACUUUUAUAGACGACCCCUUCCUGAGGAGUGAGCAGAGGAGCUGCCCUGUCCAGCUUCCUCUUGCUGUAUCGGGAUGGGGAUUCACGGAGGAAUUUAAUAGCGCUGCCGUUAAAAUUGAGGAGGUGGAGGAGGAUGCUGAACCCAUGGAAGGAAGCGAGAUAAAACUAGAAGUGAAACAGGAGCCUGAGGAAACCGAAAUCAAGAAGUCAGAAGGAGCUUUCAGGCCCCCUCCUCUCCCUGAGCCUGAAGUUCUCCCUGAGCUGCUGCAUCAAUGGAGUCUGAGCAAAGGGGAGGAGCUCUUCUUCAUGCAGAUGCCGGACACGCUGCCCGGCCAGCCCCCGACUCAGGAGCACAGGCCGGUGAAAACAGAGGUGAAGUCAGAGGACGGGCAGUCCGUGCUUCUGAAAACAGAAUCUCAGGAGGAGGAAGCUGAAGACACCAACUGCAAUCUGAAAGACCUGCGGGAGGGUCUUGUGGGAAAGAUGCUGGUGCGGAAGUCUGGCCGGGUCCAGCUCAUACUGGGACAAGUGACGCUCGAUGUGUCUCUAGGAGCAUCGUGCUCUUUUCUUCAGGAGUUGGUCUCUAUUGGUACGGAGGGAAGAACGGGCAACUUGACUGUAUUAGGGAAUAUCAAACACAAGAUGGUUUGCUCCCCAGACUUUGAGGCUCUCCUGGAGAGCAAUACUUGACGCUUGUCAGAGCAGUGGAGGACUGAGUGUGAUGUUGACAAGAUGUUCACUUUCACUAUGGACUGUUGGAACCUGACAUCCAGUACAAGAUGGAUGUUGACUGUGCGUCUGUGUUUUCAGAGUGGCUAUAGUAUUAUAUUGAAAUACACUAUCUAUAAAUAUGAAACAUAACUGAGGUUUUACUUUAUUCUAUUGGAAUAGGCAUGUUAAUUCAGGAUUUGAAGGUUGAAGGGUGAAUGAUGUGCCAAAUUUCAGUUCAGUUUUCAUUUUAGUUUAUCCGAUAUUACUUGAGAAGACUGUACAUGGAUGUAAAUGGGCAAAUAAAA